AUGGAAAAACUAAAGGAAUAUGAAAAAUAUGGAUUUUUCAAGUUCAACACUUUGUCAAACAAUCCUCUUACUGAAACAUAUAAGACAUUCAUGCAGAAUAUCAAAUAUUUAAGGGGUGUUUUCCUUACAGAAAUGUUUUAUUGUGAUGGAGCAGAUUUUUUUGGUGUACCAAAUGCACCUGACUUAUUUGCUUCCAUUCACAAAGAAUGUAGACCGAGUAAUCGCGUGAUUGCUCAUAUACUUUGCCAGAAAAUUACUACAAAUAUCGUUCAAUUUUACAAUGAACCAGUUGCUUACUCUACUUUUGUUGCCAAGUACUUAGAAACAGAUCCAACAAACCAUUUUCUAUUUGCUUACAGUACUUUUCCAGCCAUGUUUUGCUAUUUUGCAUCCGAAGAAUUUUUAAUUGCCGGUUCUCAGUUUAUUCGCACUUUUAUUUAUAACAACAACGAUCUUAUCACGUCAGAAGCACUAGUAAGCUCGUUUUUCCACUGUAUUCCUUCUUUUUAUUCAUUUUUUUUAUCAACAUUCGCGCAAAAAACGCUUUACUUCUACGAAUCCACUCCAUUCGAGUCAUACUAUAAAGCGUUCAAAGAAGUACUCUUGCAAUCUCUUCCUCUCCUUACUUAUUCCCAUGUUCAAGUUGUUUUAUUAUUAAUUCAAAAAUUUUCAGACGAAGAAGCCAAAUUUGUUAUAGAAGAUGUUUUCUACAAGCACUACCUUUCCUACAAAGAGUUUUCUGGCUAUUUUACAGAUAAUACUUCGAAAAAAGGUUUAGAAACGUUUUUCAAGCGGUUAAUUGACGAAAAGUCACUUGAAGUCAUCGAUAUAAUGUCCUCUACCGGCAUUGUUUACAAUCCUUAUCCUAAAAUUCAAGGAAUUCAUUGGUUCCGCGGUUGUCCGACGAUAAUGAGUGAGUACGAUGUUAAAUUACUUAUAGAUAUCAUCUCUUCUAACGACGAGAGCUCUUAUUUACAGGAUUCGAAGAAAAUUCAUUUUUCUGAAAAUUGGAAUCCACUUUUAUUCAAUAUUUUCCCUGAUUUCCUAUCUAACACCUCCAUCUAUGACCGUCUGGGCGAUGCAUUAUUCGGAAUUCAGCCGGAUAAAAUAGAUAUCCGUGAAAACCCAACUUUUGAGAGGAUUUACAAGAACGUUGCCAAUGAAUGUGAACAAAAUAACCUGAAUAUCAUAGAUUUUGUCGAAGAAAAGUUCCCUGAUAUCAUGAAAUACGGAGAACUCAUUGAAUACAUUUACAACCGAGCCAACAAUGAUUGUUAUCGAAACUUUGAUACAUUGCAACAGUAUAUUCUUGAUAUAGAGACUCUAGAGAGUCAUCAAAAUUAUACUCAACUAAUUGAGAACCAUUUGAGCAUAAUUUUCCAUAGGUUUGCUUAUGAUUUCAUUUCUAAAGCGACUUCUGCUUGCAAAGGCUCCGUAAUUCAAAAGGUUUCCUCAUGUUAUGAUUUGAUUACAUGUAACGAAAAGAUUUCUACCUCUGUUAGCUUCUCCAUGUGGUGUGCGGCCUUCGAUGCUAUUUAUUUCCACGAUUCAGAGAUUCUAAACAGCGAUGUCAUAUUUAAUCACUUAUUAGAAGAGAAAAUACAGACAUACCAAAGGGAAAUCAAGGAAGAUCCGUAUAUAAGACACAUUUACCUCCAUAUCAUAUCGACUUCUACGAUUAUUUCACAUUUAUCAGAAGUCGGCUACGGACAGCAGCUUAUUUUCAUGUCCAGGUUCAUGUUCAACAUGAAAUUGCUUGUUCCGGAUUUCUUUUCCCCUCUUUGGCAUAAGAUUUUCGCAUUUUGUCUUUUUAUGUCAAAAGAAACGAAAAUUUUCAGGACAUUUAUCUUCUACAUAUCAUUUGUAUCUGAUAGCCAGAUGACUCAGUUCUGGGGACACGACAUAAUCGACUCAUUCCAAAAAUUUACAACAUCUUUCCAUUAUUUGAUCAAAGACUGUGAAUCAUUGCGAAGUAUCUGCACAAACCCAAUGCAAUGCCAGAGAAUUUUGGAAAUGUCUCGAAAAUAA